GGCUCUUUGAUUUGACCUGGAUUUUUUUCGCUGGGUGCUACUGCUAAUCCAUCAAGAUAGCUAAUCUAAUCGGGCAAAUCCUUCUUUAACAUCACGUAGGUUAAUGGAGAAGAGUUGUUUCAAUAAACUUUGACCAAGGAAGCCAAGUGCUGCAUCCCUGGAUAACGGAAAAGAGCUUUGGCAAAUUUGACACUUGUUUGAUUAUUCAAAUUCGGUCAACACAUCUGAUCAACUUUAAGUAGCCUAGCGUGUUUGAUAUAAAAAGUUGAUUCAAUCAAAAUAGGAGGAGGACUCUUACAAUGAGCAAAGUUCUCAGCACCACGUUUUCUGUGUUUUUUUUUUUUUUCGUUGACCUGUGGCAUAUUCAUUACGACAAUUGUGUUGCAAAACGUUUCUCAAACGGAAGCAAAAGGAACAUAGAGGGGCGGGACAAACAUUAAUUUGUCCAAUAGAAACUAUCGUUUUCGUUAAAAAACGCAACUUUUUGGACAAAUUUUUACACCCCUGGUUUGGUCAUACACUUGCAUUGUGCUGUUGUAGCCCACGGGGCAUGAAAACAUCCGUGAGGAAGGAAGACACGAUGGCAAUUUGCAGGGGAAGGAAUCGGUCGAAAUUGAUAGUUUGCCUGUUCGGGGCUUCUAUAGUGGGAUAUUAUAUUUUUAACAGGCAUAAUAAUCCAGGUGACAUAGGUGGAACAAGUCUAAGAGAAGUUCCCACUGAUCAAGAUAUUGGAAAUGAAUUGCUUAAAAAGCCUGUUUAUGACAAACCGCCGUUGGAUUUAAAUGCCUUAGGAGAACUGGGCAGAGCUGUCAAAUUGAACCUCGUUGGAGAGGAGAAGAAAAAAGAAGAGGAAAGUAUUACGAAGCACCAGAUUAAUACCUAUGUGAGUGAUAUGAUAUCUCUCCACCGCAGCCUACCUGAAAGAUGGAAUCCUCUUUGUAAGGACCUGAAGUAUGACUAUAGGUCAUUGCCAUCUACCUCAGUGGUGAUCGCCUUCUACAACGAGGCGUGGUCCACGCUGCUACGCACUGUCCACAGUGUCCUGGAGACAUCACCUAACUUACUGCUACGAGAGGUGGUGCUGGUGGACGACUAUAGUGACAGAGCUCAUUUGAAGGAGCCGUUGGAAAACUACAUCUCCAGCUUGAAGAAGGUGCGUCUGAUCCGGGCCAGGAAGAGGGAGGGCCUGGUGCGGGCCAGGCUCCUGGGGGCCUCCAUUGCCACGGGUGACGUGCUGACCUUCCUGGACUGCCACUGUGAAUGUCACGAGGGCUGGCUGGAGCCCCUGCUCCACAGGAUAAAGGAGAAGCCAUCGGCUGUGGUCUGUCCCGUCAUCGAUGUCAUCGACUGGAACACUUUUCAGUAUCUAGGCAACUCUGGGGAACCCCAUUUAGGAGGAUUUGAUUGGCGGCUGGUCUUCACCUGGCACCCAGUGCCAGAGUAUGAGCAGAAACACAGACGCUCUGCCAUCGACGUCAUCAGGUCUCCUACUAUGGCUGGUGGGCUGUUUGCUGUCAGUAAGAACUAUUUCCAUUACCUGGGGACGUACGACACAGGCAUGGAGGUGUGGGGAGGAGAGAACCUAGAGUUCUCAUUCAGGAUCUGGCAGUGCGGGGGCAGCCUGGAGAUCCACCCCUGCUCCCACGUGGGCCACGUCUUCCCAAAGAAGGCCCCCUACUCGCGGAGCAAGGCCCUGGCCAACAGCGUGCGUGCUGCCGAGGUCUGGAUGGACGAGUACAAGGAGUUGUACUACCACCGUAACCCCCACGCUCGCCUGGAGGCCUUUGGGGAUGUGACAGACAGGAGGAAGCUCAGGACACAGUUAGGAUGUAAGGACUUCAAGUGGUACCUGGAGAACAUCUAUCCUGAUAUCCACGUUCCUGAGGACAGGCCUGGGACGUUUGGAAUGCUGAAGAACAGAGGCAUGUCCAGCUACUGCUUUGACUACAAUCCUCCUGACGACCAUAACCUGGUGGGCCACCGAAUCAUCCUCUACCCCUGUCAUGGCAUGGGACAAAACCAGUUCUUUGAGUACUCCAGUAAGAGAAGUGAGAUCCGCUAUAACACCAGGGACCCAGCAGGGUGCGCUGUGGGGGACACCGUCUCCACCUACCUGACCGUACACCUGUGCAGGAAUCCCCGGCAGCCUGUGCCACAGGACCAGAAGUUUGUCCUCAGAGAGGACGGCACCCUCUACCACAUGAUGACCCAGAAGUGUGUCCAGGCCGUGGACAAGACGGACGACGGCAGCCGUGCCCCUGCCCUGCGGCCCUGCUCAGACCACGCCAACCAGAAGUGGUUCUUUGAGGAGAGGGUGGCAUAGUGGAGCGAGCCAGACGAAAUCUCUAACACUGAGGUGGAGGGCCAACCAAACCCCUAUCCUGUAGUUGAGGGAGAGGGCCGGAGGCCCCAAGACCCAUACUCAGGUCCAGUCCCUAUGCUGUGGAGAUAGCCUGGGUUGUAUUUAAUAGGAACUAAACAGAAAAAAAACUUGCCGAAACAGGGAGGUACUAAUUGAAUUAGUGCAAUUGGAAUCACUUGUUUUUGUUUUUCUGUUGCACACUGUUUUGAAUCAUUGUGCUCUAAUGAAUAUUACCCAAGUCAGGCAAAGGAGGAACCGCUAUCUUACCUCCUGGAUCUAUGCACAACCGUGUGCUUGCUCGACAACGUUUGAUAUUUGAUAAUUAACACAUACCACAUAUCUGCUUCUCCAAUCUUUUUAUUACAUUUUUUUAACAUUGUAUGGGUUUUCAAACACAAUUUUACAUCCAGUGUAUAGUGUGGGAUUUAAUGACAACCGUUGCAAUUGUUCAUGCUGUUAUUUACAUUUAAGUAAUUUAGCAGACGCUCUUAUCCACAGUGAUUUACAGUACAGUAAGUUUUUUCUUCUUUUUCAUUGGUUAAGGGCUGUGUCCACUCACUUUAAUGGGGUAACACCCAUUUGAGGAUGAGGGGUACACCCAUAGAGAAUGAUAGAGGCCCCAAAAGGUUGUAUUUGCAUGGGCAACACCAUUGAGGGCUUCCACCAUUUUAAUGCAGUCAACUGGGUGGGACUUCCAACUUCAUUGGCUGUUCCCUCCUGGUGACCCUGUUGGAUUCAUGUCAUCAGGAGGGAACAGCAAAUAGUUAAGAAGGAAAUGUACUACUUCAAAAUGGAGAUUGCCUUAAUGGCACCCCCCCACCCAGAAGCUAUAAUGGCACAGAUACAAAGACGAAUCCUCUGUCUAUCUCUAUGGGUGCACCAUGGUUCAUACCACCGAUCUGUUCAUCUGACUGAAAUCCACUAGUGGUUUUUAUUCUCACUUUCAUCGUUUUCCAUCUCUCCUUUUCUUGAACCCAGGACCACUUUGCCCCUGGUAGUUGAUGUUUUUGUCAUUGCAGUGUUCUUGACAGUGACAGUAUGUACUUGCAUUACAUUGCAGCUGGAUAUCUCAGACUCAACCUCUAGAGGGCGCCAAAGCUUCCAUCUUGUGUGCUGAUCUUUUUCCCACUCCAACCAAUCUGUUCUCAGCUCAGUGACGUGUGUGCAUGGUUCAUUUACGUCUGUCCCUCAUUGUAAGGUCAACCCUGUUUUGUGAACAGAACUCUUGUUUUAAUAUGGUGAAAUACGGUGAGACUAUUACCUUUUUUGAUCAUCUAAUUGUAAAAUCAUAGAGUAAAAAGCUGGUUGUACACUUUUUGGCCAUUUUCUAGUGUUUUGUGGUGGAAAACUGAGUGGGUCGAUUAUAAAAUGUCAACCCUGUUGCCCAUA